GAUCCUCUCGCAAUAACUCCUCACGGCUCGCACUACCACCACUCUACCCAAUGGCCACACACCGCCAGCGCAACUCGUCUCCAGAAGCAGGAGUGAGCGUUGUGAACUUGGACGAGUGGGAUACGCUUUCUUCGCUUGACGGGCGCCCUUCCCCGCCGGGCGAAAGUCCUCUCAAGUAUCCGCGUGCCGGCCAUGCACAUUCGACAGGCAAAUCGUGUUUUCUGGCUCCUCUGGGAUUCCUUCCCGGAUUCCGUCGACACGGUUCGGGCCAAAGUGCGUCCUCGGUUCGGAAGGAUGUCUCUAUCGUACUUCAGCAAAGGGUUGCUGCCGGGAUGAACGCUGUUAAGCGGUGUCUGCUAGUGUUCGCUACUCCGAGCUCUGGUAGUGCGCCAAAACAAGCCCGUAGCAGAAUGCUACCCAAACUCAGCGGCCUCAUGGCGGAAACGUACGAAUGUGUGGCCUGUAUGACCGACAUCGACGUCUCUGAGGAACAAGCAAUUCAGGUGUCGUGCGGCCACCUCUACCACUCCGAGUGCCUCCUCCAGCUUGUUCAAGUCUCCAUGAGCUCGCCCACCCAGUUCCCGCCGCGCUGCUGCAGAAAGCCCGUCGACCCGCUCUCCUUCGAGCACCUCCUCACCCCCACCCAGCGCGAGGAUUACACCAUGCGCCAAGUGGAGCAGUCCACCCCGCGCCGCAUCUACUGCGCGAACCCGCGCUGCAGCCGCUUCCUCGGCGCGCGCGACAAACGCACGCCUGUCCACGUCUACACGUGCCCAGCCCCCGCCUGCGGCACGCUCACCUGCGCCCGCUGUCGCAUCGCCGUCGAUCCCGCCCCAGGCGCUCCCGUGCACGCGUGCGGACACGAGCCCGCGCACCGCGCUGCGCUACGCCUUGGGAACACGCUCGGGUGGGUGCGCUGCCCGGAGUGCGAGCAGCUCGUCGAGCGCGACGGCGGGUGUUCGCAUAUGACGUGCGCGUGCGGCGCGCACUUCUGCUACGGCUGCGGGUCGAAAUGGCAGACGUGCAGCUGUGUGGAGUGGCGUGCGGGCGCGGGCGCUGGAGAGGGUAAUAGGCGUCAGCGCGAACGGGAUCUCUUCGCGCCACUGCAAGAAGACGAGGACUUGAGCGGGCGGCUGGAGCUGUGGGCUCCGCCGAGGCCUGUGCCGCCGAGGAGAGCUCAGACGGUGCCUAUGCCGCCGCACGAUGGCGCUGCUUACCCGAGGAGACGAUCGCAAGAACGGCGGACCCUUACGAUGCAUCACGACGGGAGCCUGGAGAUCGUCCACGAAGAGCGCGGUCUCCACCCGCUUGGCAGAGCGGACUCCGUACGGAUGUCCAUCUUCACAGUCGAACAGGAGCCGUCGCAAGACUUCGUCGGGUCUUGUCUUCCGUUCCGGCCAGACUCGAGUAUACUCGCACGCGGCGAGCGAGCUCGGGCGGUUCGUGAGCGAGGAACCCGUCGUGCGGCUACCAUGUAG